AUGUGGCAUCGAGUACUAGCCGAAUUGAUCACAGCGUCUACACUGGCAAUAGGGAGAGCGAUUGGGAAGGCGUUCAGGGAGGAGUACACAGAAACUGCUCAGGCCUGGAAGAGUAUCCAGCACCAAAGCAGAAGAGAAGCGGCCGAAGACGCAGAGACGAAAAGUGUGAGUGCCAGAACCGGAAUCACAAUUGCAGAGGCGGCUCAGAUUCUGAAUUUGAAGGAACCAUACACAUUUGAAAGCAUAGAGAACAAUUUUCGUUAUCUUUUCGAGGUCAAUUCCAAAGAGCAAGGAGCAUCCAAGUAUAUUCAAGCGAAAGUUACUAAUGCGAAAGAAAGAUUAAUAGAGGAGUUGCAAUCAAAGAAGGAUAAAACUGACUCUUAG